UUGGGUUUUUGCUUCUUUUAAAUAUGGAUAGAUAGAUGAGAGCAUUAUUAUUAUUUGUAUAAGUAUGAUUUAUGGCGCAGAGCAUCAAUAGAUGGAAGAUGUGUACCGAAUAAAGGAGAAAACAAAGUAUAGAAAGGAAAAAGCAAAGGGCGUGUUUGGGCAGCUAGCUUCAAGAGAAGAAAAGAAUGGAAGAGCAGCAGCAGCAGCUGAGCUCUUUAGCUGUUACUCAUCUUCUUCAACAUACCCUGAGAAGCUUGUGCAUCCAUGAAAGCUCGCAGUGGGUAUACGCUGUUUUCUGGAGAAUUUUGCCCAGAAACUAUCCUCCUCCCAAGUGGGACACCCAAGGUAGUGCUUAUGACAGGUCAAGAGGCAAUAGAAGAAACUGGAUACUGGUCUGGGAAGAUGGGUUUUGUAACUUUGCGGCGGCGGGGGCGGCGGUGGAGAUGAAUGCGGAAGAUCAGUGUGGGGCGGGACAUGAUGGGCUUCAGCCGGAACUCUUCUUCAAGAUGUCUCACGAGAUAUACAACUACGGCGAAGGAAUGAUUGGGAAAGUUGCGGCAGAUCACAGCCAUAAAUGGAUUUAUAAAGAACCAAAUGAUCAAGAAAUCAACUUCUUGUCUGCAUGGCAUCACUCUGCUGACUCUCAUCCGAGGACUUGGGAAGCUCAGUUUCGAUCUGGUAUUAAGACCAUAGCUUUGAUUGCUGUUAGAGAAGGUGUUAUCCAACUGGGAGCAGUUCAUAAGGUUAUUGAAGACCUGAGUUACGUGGUGCUACUAAGAAAGAAGCUGAGCUACAUAGAGAGCAUCCCGGGAGUUCUCCUCCCACACCCAUCUUCAUCACCCGCCUACGGUGUCACGCCGCCACAGGAACCGUGGCUGUCUCAUUUUCCGGCCGCCAACAUUAUGGCCGCGGCGCCACCGUCAGAGUACUAUGACCACUCCCAACCGGCGGCGGCAGCAGCCAUGAUGGUGAAGAUUACACCGUCAAUGAGCAGCCUAGAGGCUCUUCUCUCCAAGCUCCCCUCCGUUCUGCCCGUGCCGGGGAACUACUCCGACGAUCCGUCGCACUACUUGGGGCCACCGCAGGAGAUGGUAGCGAAAGAAGAGUACGAGGAAGAAAACAAUAACAAGUAUAGGUGCUGCAGAUCAUCAUCAGCUGACAACAACAAUAAGCAGGCGCAGGAUGUUGGAGAGAGUAGCAGCUCCAUGUCUUAUACCCAUCAUUUUGGGUAUCAUUAUGAUUUGAAUUAUAAUUGAUCGAUCAUUACUUUAUAUAUAUCGCGUCUUUAUAAUUACGUGGUGUUAUAUAUGAUAAUCAAUUAAUUAAUUAAGAACACCCUUUCACAUCUAACAAUAAUAAUUCAGUAUCACUAUCAUAUAUACGGAGUAUAUGCUGCUUUAUUUGCUUAGCAUACCUUGAAUUAAUAAAUCUGCUAGCUAGCUAGCUAAU